UGUAAUAUUCUGUGUAUCUAUCUACAUUCGAGCUAUACAUUUUGUUACAUUAAAUUCUAUAUUUCUGUGCCCUGUGAUUUCUCGUCGUUGUGGCGGACAAGAUUAAAAUAUUACUUACAAUACCUCAUUGCCGUGACAACGUAAAAAUUCAAUAGGUUCAUAUCUAUUUUUUAGACAAUCCCUCUUUGUCCUUUUUUUAUAUCAUAAGAAAAAUAUUUAAUUAUUUCAAAUCAAAUCAAAAACAAUGGUUGAAGCUAACGAAGGGACCCUUUUUAUAGUGGAUGAAGUGAGUGAUAUUAUUAAGGACUCAAUUGAACAUUCAAUCGGCAGUCAAUUAUACCAACAAAAUAUGGUAAAUAAAUGGACAGAUUCUGUAGUUGAAAAUUGCCUAACAAGACUUUGUAAAUUGGCCAAACCUUUUAAAUAUAUAGUAACCUGUGCCAUCAUGCAAAAGAACGGCGCUGGUUUUCACGCAGCAAGUUCAUGUUAUUGGGAUAACUUAACAGAUGGUAGUUGUACAGUUAGAUGGGAAAACAAAACUAUGUAUGUAAUUGUAUCCGUUUUUGGCCUAGCCAUCUGAAUAGCCAUAUAAAAUUUCUGUUUAAAAAUAAUUACAUGUUUACACCAUUAAAUAAAAAAUUAAUUAUACAUUUUUACUUUUAAAUACAAUAUGUAUGAAACAAGAAAAUAAUUCUAAUAUUUUUAUCUUUGUCAUAUUACAAUACAUAGAAUUAUUUUUGAUUUUUUACAAUAUACUUACAUCAUAAUACUUAUAUAAAUCUAAUUAUGUGAUAUAAAAAUAUAUAUUGGUUGAUAAACAUUAUUAACUAAUAACUAGUGAAAUAACAAUGUGUCAAUAAAAAUUGUCAUUUCUAUUUAUAGCUAUUGAAUAUUUUGUAUUUUAAUUUUGAUAUUUAUUUUAUGUUAAAAGUAUAAGGAUCGUUUAAAAUGAUCAUUAUUUAUUAUUAACCGUAUUUUAACAAAAAGCAUAAAUGUAAAAUGUAUUAUACUAUUGUCAUCCUGAUUGUAAUUUAUUUUAAAAUAUUGUAUGUAAUAAUAAAUAACUUUUUUUAACUCGUUUGUAGUCUUAUUAACAUGAAAAUAAUUUGAAAUCCAAACAUAUAUUGUAGAUUUUUUUCUUCAUUAACAUUUUACAUUUUCUAGUUGCUAUCUAAAAUUUAUAUUACAUUUUAUUUUAGGCUAUUGUAAAGCUUUUCAUCUGAUUAUAAAUAUUUGAUCACUUUAAAUUGAAGUAAUACUUUAAUAAAGUAUUCAUAGAAUACUCGUGCCCAGA